CUGGACUCUGAUUGGCCCGCCAUGCUGAAGCGCCUGGACCGGAUCCGGUUCCGGGGCCAGAGAAGGGACGAGUUCCCGGACUCGGCCGAGUCCCCGAACACGUCGGACACCGAGGGCAGCGAGGAGCUCAUACACACAUGGGGACAGAAAGCAAUAAGGGGGAAGGCCACGCCCGGUCUGUGGACGCCGUCCUCAGGUCCUGAGUGGAAAACGGCCCGAGACGCCACGGCCACGACCAGCGCCCGCUCCCCGUCCUUCUGCCCGGAGACAGGAGGGAAGACAGACGUGACGGCGGCGGGGGGGCGGGGCAGCGUGGCGGCCGCCGCUCCGCUGCUCAGUCGGGACGAAGACGGCGGCCGGUUCUACAGCACCAAGAGGGGCGCCUUCCACGAGGGUUCUGGGUUGGAUAAUGGAUGGAUGUUGAGCUUUAAUGUUUUAUCUCUGCGUGUUUUUUUAGUGUGUGAGAACGGCUGGCGCUGCUGCCUCAUCAACAGAGACAGGAAAACGCCCACAGACUACAUCCGCAACGGGGUCCUGUACGUCACCGAGAACGGCGGCCAUUUUGUUUUGCAGGACCCCCCAAAGGAAGACCUGACGGUGUCGGAGAAGUUCCAGCUGGUUCUGGACGUGGCUCAAAAAGCUCAGAAUCUGUUCGGAAGGAUGGCCAACAUCCUGGAGAAAAUAAAGAAUCUGUUCAUGUGGGUCCAUCCGGAGCUGACCCAGAAACUUUACGUGGGGGUGUACGCGGGGAUAAAGUUCUUUUUGAUCGACUUCGUCUUUAAGAGCUGCCCGAAGCUGCGUCAGCGCUACGACACGCCGUUCAUCAUCUGGACGCACCUGCCCACCGACCUGCAGCUCAAAGAGAGGGGCAGCACCCAGCUCAGCAGAAGGGGGUCAGGGGUCAGGGCUUCCUCCAGGGGUCAGGGCUUCCUCCAGGGGUCAGGGCUUCUUCCAGGGGUCAAGGGUCAGGGCUUCCUCCAGGGGUCAGGGGUCAGGGGUCAGGGCUUCCUCCAGGGGUCAGGGCCGAUGGUUUUCGGGGCGAUGAUCCACAGAGACGAGGCGUUCGAGGCCAUCUACUCUCAGUACGCAAAAGUCACGUCCACGGCCUCGGCCCUGCACCCGGAGACGUAG